AAAUCCCUUCCGCCAUCGGACAUGUUGGACCGAACUAUACGAGUUUUUGUGGAUAUCAACCAAAUUUCGGACGUGAAUGAAAAAGAUGGCUACUUGACUAUUCAGCUGUGGAUCUACUGCGCGUAUGGAUCACCUUCGGCAGCGUGGGACCCCCUGGAGUUCGGAAACACGACAGAGAUCACAGUACCACAGAGUACUUUUUGGGUUGCAGACAUUAACGUGCUUGAUGCGCUGGAGGUAAAGUAUGAGUCAUUUGAACGGCAGCUUGUGGACGCGGGAGGAGUUGUGGGCUUCUGGGCAUCUCUGGUGACCAUGAAUGUGGCCUGUUCUUUUGACAUCACUCUGUUCCCCUUCGAUGAACACCAGUGUGACAUCGUGGUCGGUGCCUGGAUCAUGCCACAGAGGAUAUACCGAAUCGACUUGAACAAGAUAGUGGAAGAGGAAGGGGAUGAUGGAGACAAACUCAAAGAGGAGUUGAGUGCUGGUCAACACUUCCUGGUUGACACUGAGAUGGAGAAUGGGAGUCAUAAGGAGACUCUUCCCUCCAUUAGCGAUGAAGAUAUUGAGAGAGGAAACAAAAGGAGAGAGAUGGAUGACUUGAGACGUGAGUAUAUUCGCGAAAAAGGAUACAAAAUCGAAGAGAUGUGGGAAUAUUUGAAGACAGACUACUUCGGCAGACCAUAUGCAGAUGCUGCAGAUCCAGUUCCUGAUGAUGUCGAAGCACAGGAAUCCGCACGGGGUCCUUUUGAUCCGGAAGAGGUUGCCAGUGGUAAGAAAAAUUAA